AUGACUGAGCCUGUCGAAGUCAGAGAUUCCGCUCAGUCCAAGCCAAUGCAAUCCCAGAACGACCUUGGCGAGGAAGUUGGUACACAUCCGACACCUGGUAACACUACUAUCUCUCCUACAUCAGGAUCAGCUCGCAAAUAUCUGACCUUGGGGCCUUUGAAGAAACUCGAUCUGCCUCAUCAUCCGUCGUAUGAUAAUGCUAGUUCAGAUCAUCAUGUCACUUUAGCCCAGUUCCUCGACAAUAUUCUCAACGAGGUACAAAGAAUCAACUUUGACGAAGGGUUCGAGAAGCGUGGAACCUGGAGCCCCGACAAUGGACAUGUGAUGAUGCCGCCACUGAAUGCUACAGGGAGCAGCGAUAUGGUUCCAGUCCCAGUCUCGGUCGAGAAGCGCAUCAAAUGCUUGAAUCAAGCCAGUUGGAUGGCUAGAACCUCUACCCACAGCAACGAUCAUGUCAAAUUCUCCGAGUUGGGCGAUCUUUUGGCGAAAGAUCACAGCCGCAACGAAGCUGCAUAUACCCCGAGUGUUUUCGAUGCUGUUGAGCUAUUGAGGUGGGAUCCUGAAGAAGCGUUGAGAGCACUUCCAAUUGAUUAUGCAUCAUUUGGCGAUGUCAAGAUCAUGCAAGAGAGGAGUCGGAUGGAAACGAAAGGAUCUUCGCAACUCUACCGGUUUCCGUCGGACACAGGGUCAGGCGCAACACCUGACGCGAACCAGAAGCAGCGACAGGGAAAGAAGCUGACAGAAGGAACCUACGUCUCGUUGGAGAGACUGAUUGGCGCAUCGAAAACACGUGUCGAUGGGGAUGCUGCGCAGCAAGCAGAGUCGCCCGAUAGCGACCGUCAUCGUUGGGAUAUGAUGACUUUGAGCACGGCGGGGGGCAUGACGAAAAAGGCACCAAAGGGUAUCCAGCAGAAGGAAACAUUGGAGGCCAUCGCGAUGGACAACUACGGGCAAGCACCAGGAUACCAGCGGCCAGGCAGCACGACGGGCUUCACAGGCCAGCAGGGCGCCCCUCCACCAGUCCCGCCACCGCCGCCUGGAUAUGGAGCUUCCCAGGGAUACCAAACGUCCGCUCCCCCAGCCCACGGUCAAUGGGCUGCGCCCACGCCGACACACACAUCGAAUCCAUGGAAUCAAUCGCAACAGCAGGUAGCCGCAGGAUAUAAUCCGGGCACGUAUGGCACCAUGCCAGGGGCGCAGCAUCAGUCAUACCCUCCUCAGCAACAAGAGCAACCUCCCCCACCUCCACCCAAACCCUACGGCUUCGCAGCGGCGGUCCAACGGCACGAACAACAACAACAGCAGCAGCAGCAGCAGCAGCAGCAGAACUGGUCACAGCAAUCGCAACCAGGCAACGGCUUUGCACCUCAUACGCAGCAGGGAGGAUAUCCGGUGCAAGCAACACCACAACAGCCAUAUCACCACGCAGCCCCUCCCCCGCCUUCAACCACUCCGGGCGCAACAUACUUCCAGUCUUCGCAGGGAGGGAGACCCAGCUCCAUUUAUGGGGCAGGCCAUGUCAGCUCAUACCCACCAGUAGGGUCACAGCAACCUACUGCAAUUGACAACCAGAGCGCGCAGCAGCCGGCAUACACACAACAAGCUGCACAACCGUACACGUCUUCAAAUUCGAAUCCAACACCCGGUGCAUACGUUUCUCCCCCGCCAGAAGCUCCUUCGUGGCAGCAGGCACAGCAUGCGCCGCCUCAAGGCGGCAUGAACACUUUCACCCAUGCUACACCACAUGCAGACACACCUACCUAUGCACAGGAGCAUCAGAAUAUACAGCAGCAGCCACCGCCUUUGCCUCCACGGCAUGGCCAACAGGCUGUCCCUCCCCAGAACCAUCACCAACCUCAUUAUGAUCAUUCAACGCCCGUCCAAUACAAUCCGCAAUCGCAGAUACCCAAUCAGUACCAGCAGUCGUCAGGUCAAUUCCCAUCACCGCAGCAGCAUCAUUAUCAGCAACCAUCGGUUGGACAGCCCUCAUAUCCCCAAGCACCGUCGCAACAACCACCCGCACCGACGGUCUAUGGACAAUCUGUGUACGACCAACAAGGACAGCCUUCUCCACAACAAUUUCGCCCUCAGGACUCAUGGCAGUCUGCAUCUCCAGCUCCCGAGCCUAGCUAUGAAUAUAAUCGACCGCAGGCAUACGAGUCUCAGCUACCACCCUCGCAACCAGGGUACCAAGCGCAAGAACCAGCUCCACCGCAGCAGUAUUCCCAGAUCUCGUACCAGGAGGGCCAAGAAACAAAGCCACACAAUCGAAUCGAUACUGCUGGGUCGAACUUCUACCAUCAACCAAGCCCGCAGAGUCAGCCUGUGUCUCCGAUAUCGAAUCGGCCUAGUGUGAGCUCUGCCUCUGGCUACCAUCCUAUCUCUGGGCGCACCGACUCGGUGAGUUCGAUAGCUUUGGCCAACCUCUACGCACAACGCGCAGACAAUAAGACAUCUUCACCAAAACCGCCAGAGUCGAGACUACCCGCGUCACCUCCACCCAGAGAUGACAAGUCCAAGUUUAGUGUUCUGGCUGCCGGUGCACCUUCUGAUUGGGAACACCUAGGUGGCAGUGAGGAGAUUGACGAUGAAGAGCUCUUUGGUGCAAAGAAAGAAGAUAAGAAAAGCGACAGUACUCAACCGGAAAGCAUUGAGCUGCCCGCUUACGUUCCGCCUCCCCCAUCGACGCAUGGGUUCCCCAGUCCUGCUGUGCGUCCUGCACACGUGAGUUCGAGCGAAUGGGAUGAAGGCUUUACACCCACACCGCCGUCUGUAGCAACAGGACUUGCUGGACGUCAAGAUUCCCAGUCAUCAGAUCAAGGGUUCAUCGUCGGAGAUGCAAUUGUCGCGCCCUUACGGACUACUCCCAAACCCAUACAGGGCACGAAACCCCCUCAUCAGCCUGCUGCGUUGAUGACUGGGACUGGCUCCGCAGAGGGUGGAUGGGAUACGUCGCAACACACACCUACCCAACCGAAGCAUCUUUUUGGGUCACAAACCAGUAAUGAAUCCACCGGCGUGGUAUCCUCCAGCUACGACUAUGCUAUAGAACUGAAAGAGAAGGACGACCUUAUCAACCAAUUACGCGCAGAUAUGGAACGGGAGAAGAAGGAGAAGGAUGAUGUUCUCCAACAGUUACACAUAGAUACAGAGCGGGAAAAGGCCGUACUACAAGCAAAGAUCGAUGAACUUGAAGCUAGCAGCCAGAAAGUCGUGUCUGAGUACGAAGCUAAGAAAGCCCACAGCACGAGCGAGAUGGACGUGUUACGUGCACAGAUUGAGACUAUGAGAAUCACCACAGACCAAGCUAGCGUCAAUUAUGACGCUAUGGUGAAGGAGAAGAACACGGCGAUUGACAUUUUGAAAGAAGAUGUGGAAGGGAAGGACCACAAUAUUGAGGAGCGUGAUAGUUCUGUCACUGAACUAAAGCGCCAACUUGAAGCCGAAAAGGCGAAAGAACCGCCGAAACCCACAGCUGCUGAUCUGAUACCGGACCUUGAUCCGUGGUAUAUUGGCUCGUUAGAGCGAUACAUAGCCAUGCUUCGUAGUGAGGCCGCGGAACCGCAAGUCGAGGAGAAGGUCAAGAUUUUCAAGGCGUUCAUGAAAGUCGAGUCUGCCAUGCGGGCCAUCGUCUCCCUUGAUACCUCAACACAAACAGUUCCAGUGGAUCCAGAGGUACCACACCAACCAGAGCAAGCUGCUCGCUCUCGUGCAACCUCAAACAUCUCCACUAAGAGACAGGAUCUGAACAUCCAGGUACCGCAGGAGGCGGAAUUUGACGACUUCGAAUAUAGUCCUGGCGGUCGACCUAUCUUGGCGCGGCAAACCACGAUUCCGCCUACUGAAAACUACCAGGGUGUUCCAAGAGCGCCUCCUUCGGUGCAAUCAACAACGAUCCUAACUCCGACAAGCUCCAUUGAUGAUGAUACGAACAAGACGCCAGUGCAAUCUCCACCUGAAGAGCAGGUGCAACACCAAUACAAGGCAUAUGUCCCACCUGCUAGCAUGUCAGUUGACCCUGCUCCAUUGAGACACAGACCAACAAUGUCCUUUUCCAAUACGCCAGGAGUAACUUCACCGCCAGGCCGUAGCAACAGUAAGGGGCACGAUGAGAUAUUCUUCGGAGCUCAUCAACCGACUGCUCAGACGCCUGCCUCCCGGCCUUCCAGUAGCGAAGCAGACGUCCCUUUGCCAGCGCCAUUGAAGCUGACACCGCGCCGUCCGAUCUCAACUGCACCAACGAAAGAAAAUCCGAACAGAGUGCUGAAGGAACUAGUAUCCAAAAAGGAGCAAUCCGGCCUUCCAAAUCACCGAGUUCAGGAUAUAAGGGCUAGGCUCGUUGACAUAGGACCCAAAGCCAGCGCCGCCGAAGAAAUUACGAAGACAUGGGAGAAAUCUGCAUCUCUGAGUCGCCGCAAAAAGGACGACGCCCGUCGCAAGCGUCAAGAAGAAAACGAGGAGCACAACGAUGAUCUAUUCAACAACAACGAGAUCUCGUACGCGGAGAUGAAUCAGCUCGAGGAAGAGUUCAAGCAGAAGGAGGGAGAGCUCAAAGCGCAAGAGGACAAAGAGGAAUAUCGUGACUAUGUGGAAACCGUAUUCGACCCCAUCUUCACCGGGCUACAUGGCGAGAUUAAAGCGUUCAUGGACUUGCACGUCGAAGCUAAGCGCCUACUACCAUCUUCCGUCGCUGGACUCAAGAGCAUGGAGGAAACCGAUACUCCAAGCACAAAAGACUGUUUCGAGCUCCUGAAAGACAUCCACGAGCAAGUGGAACAGAGACACGAUGGUGUCGUACAACUCGUUGCAGAGCGCGAUAGACGCUACAAGAAAACGGAGACACAACCUCUGUACGCCGCUGGCAACAUCAGCCAGAUGAAAACCGUGGAGAAACACUACGACAACGCUGAGAAGCAAGCUGUGUUCAAAGCUAAGCGCGAGAAGGCGGAGCGUGUAGGCGAGCUUGUCCGCCUUGUCGGAGACAUGGUUGUCAAUGCAGUCAGCACUGAGCAAAAAGAAAUUGACCACAUCGUUGCAGCUAUCAAGGACCUUGAGGAUGGCAGCGGUGAUCCAGCGGUCCUCGAUGAUGCACGCACCGCUCUUAAGGCUCUGAAGGAAUCGUCCAAGGCGCUCCUCUCCCUUUUCAACGCGCUGGAAAUUGAAUCCAACAACGCCGACAUCGACGCGGAGAUUGCGCAAGUGACAGCCGAUGGUGCAGAUCCAGCGCGCAUACGCGAAUUGGAGGCUGAGAAGAGGGAAGCAGAGAAGGACUUGUUGGAGGAGUUUCAAAGGAGGGUUAGUGUGCUGGAUAGCGAUGAGGCUGAAAUCGGAGAGUUGGUGCAGGGGAAGAUGGGAAAGAGUAGCGAGGACGCAGAGAAGGAAAAUCGAUUACGAAUGGCGCUAGAGGAAGCGAAGAGGCGGAAUGGUCAUGCCUGA